UUCACUCUGGUUUGAUCAGCUAUGUCACAAUAUUAUGAUAUAUUGUACAAGUAUGUCUCUCCUACGAUUGGCACACUUAUCGUUCUGGUAAAUGCAUUGGAGAUUGGUUUGAUAUACAAGGACUCCAAACUAAAACGACCAAUGGCGAUUGUGUACAGCCUUAAUCUUGCGAUAUCUGAUGUUGUUGUUGGUGCUUUGAUCGUGUUGUUAAAAUCCAUGCAUCCAGUCGUUUCAACAACAUGGAAGAAAGUAGAGAUCGUGCAAGAAGUUUACAGCAUCUUCCAGUUCUGCUUUAUCAGAAUUUCCUUAUUUGUGUCUGUCUUCAAUUUAAUUGCAUUGACAUUGGACAGACUUUGGGCAAUUACAAGACCCUUAUCCCAUCGAAAGCUGAGCAAAAAAAGUGCCGUCAAGAUUUGCGUUGGUGUAUGGUUGUUAUCGGUCAUGUGUGUGGUCAUUCUUUACUGCUUGUCCCUUUUUUAUCCUGAGAAUACAGCGGUGUAUAAAAACCUGGUGUUUCCCAUCCCAACAUAUACAGCGAUCAUCAUAUUCGUGAUAUGUUACGUGAAGAUCUAUCUAACCAUACGUAGUAGCUUGCAUGUGAAAUCGUCCACAACAAGAUCAAGCCAAAGGAAAGAAAAAUCGGUGCAGAGAUCGUCUAUGCACGAGGUGAAGUUUGUCGCGUUAGCAGCAAAGACAGUUGGUGUUUUCAUCAUAUGUUGGACACCAGUUGCGACAUGCAGUUUGAUCAAAGCUAUGGGCUAUUGGUGUGGAACCAAAGAUGUGGGUGGAUCAUUCUUCACUCUUGCUUUACUCAAUUCGUUGCUGAACCCAUUUGUUUACCUCGCGCAUAUGAGCAAAUCUUUGAAGAAUCACUUGAAAUCAUUCGCUUCGCUUAAAUCCCUUCGUGGCGACAGCACCAAAACGGACUCCUGCAGCAUCAAUACGGCUGAAACGGCUUCAUAAAGUGAACAGAAUAUUAAUUAAUGUUGUACAGUUUUUCUUUCAUACACAGACAAGGUUUUACUUUUUUUAUAAAUGCGCAUUGAAUUUGCUUCUAUAACAAGUAUUAAAAGAAAAUCGGCAGAGUUGUC